ACUAAUAGUACUACAUACUAUUUAGAACGUACUUUUAAGUAAAAACGUAUGCAUUAAGUAACAAAUAUCAAUAUACUUCUCAUUCAUACUGAGAAGGCGUCUUCUAAUGCACAAUCCCGCUUGUUCGCCGCAAUUUGUUUAUUGUUGUCAAACACGUGAGUGUGAAAAGACAAUUCUCUUCCUCAAAGGUGUGCAGCGAAUUCUACUUGAUGAAAAGCCGGAAUGACAUCCUGGCAUUUGAAUAAUAAUCCAUUUUCGAAAUUUCACAUAGCCUAUUAUAAAACGUUCUAUUUUCGAAUACAUAAAAAGCCUACCAUUUAGAACUCAAGCAGCGUACGGGUAUUCGGGCACGGCCACUGGCUGCCUCACAAAUUACAUGACACCCUGUUAUUCCCCAUACGGGUCAGUUUAAAAUAUCUGAUGAUAAUUUAGGAUUACUAUGAAAUCAUACUAUGACAUAAGGAGGUCAUAUAUGCUCAUGACAAGUCUUACAUUACUGUAUCAUAACGUAUUGUAUGUUUUGGCUGUAGUGUUACAUUACUUGCAGACAGCAAAUGAGCAACGCAUAAACUGGAGUGUAUCUGUGAAUCGACUUUGCUCUCUCUGAACCAGGUGGCUGUCAGUCAAGUGGUGGUGGGUAGGUUUGGCUAAUCAGCACAGCCAAUUCAGAGCCUCUCCCGCACCAACAGGACACACCCCUCUUCCGCACAAAUACCCACCAUCAAAGUAGUGAAGUAAACACACACACAGCACAUGCACAUAACUUGUGUAUACCUCUGUACACACGUUAUGUACACUCUGCACCUCACACAUCGUACACACAAACAACUACAGCUAUAACACUUGUUUUGUUGACAUUUCAGAUGAAAAUACCUUUUUUCCAGACAAAUGAAACAUGCACAGCAAAAAUUGUGUGCAGGAAUAAUUUGGUCCAAUAACAUUACUAGUAUCUUGUGGAUACCAUGAUCGCACAUAUAAACAAUCUAAAACAUAUAUUUCUAAUGUUCUACAAUAAAUGUGAAUUUCCACGAAAAGGGUUGUCAAGUUUCCGGAAUUUCAAAACCCUCCACAGACACAAACCUGACAAGUUGGCAAUAUAUAUACACAAGAAGUGUGCUUGGAAAUGGGGGAGUUUUUGUUCCUGCCUCAUAUGUUCAGGAAUUACACUUAAUUACAGUAAAGUAGACUAGAGUUUCUCAACCCUGCACACAUAUACAAUGUUAUCAACAUAACUUUGAGUGACGUAGUCCUCUCUGUCGCCAGCCCCCUUUAUAACCCUGAGUGUAGGACAGCAUCAAGAGGAGCACUCGCGCUACGCAGAACAGUCAGUUCUUUAAGACUACGCAGAACAUUCUAGUCUUUUGCAGAAUAUAUCAUAAUAAUGAAGGAAGUUCUAGCCUUGCUACUGCUGUCUCUGUGCUGCUGCCUGUCCAGGGGACUGGGUGAUAAUCGGGACAGUGAGGGGUACCAGGGGACUGGGGCUAGUCUAGCUGUCUGUCUUCCCGACACCUGUGCCCUGUUCAGGGAACUUGCAGCCAUGAAAGAGAGAUUAGGAACCAUGGACCAGACGCAGGCUGCCCUGAAGGAAAGUUUUGGGGCCAUGGGACAGAAACUGGGAGCUGUGGAGACCAAGCUACAGGGCAGUGAGAGUCAGGUGGAGGAGCUGAAGAAAGUGAAUACAGCUCAAGAGGAAGAACUGAAAGCCUUGAAGAAGAGCUUAUCAACUGCCCAGCCAAAGGUGGCCUUCUCUGUAGCUCUCAGAGACUCUGGCAGUGGGAAUAUUGGACCCUUCACCACCAAUACCCCUUUACGGUACAAAAGAGUCUUCUCCAACGCCGGCAGUAGCUACAAUCCUGCUACAGGCAUCUUCACAGCCAUGGUCAGAGGGAUGUACUGCUUCCGCUACUCCAUGUACAGCAACAACUCUGGCCGUCCCAACUCUGUCGUGUCUCUGAUGAAGAACAGUGAGAUGCUGGUUACUACAUGGAACACUGAUGACAGUAUGAAUGUCCACGAAAGCGCGAGCAACGCAGCGGUAGUACAAUUGGAGGUGGGAGACAGUGUUUACAUCCAGCUCUGGGCUAACAGGGUCCUCUAUGAUGACAGUAAUAACUAUAACACCUUUACUGGGUUCCUACUGUUCACCGUGUAACAACACCAGUGGAUUUAACUGAGGUUUUGUCAAAAUUUGAAUUGAUUGACAAGAUAUUCAUUUGGCCACACAGUAUAGGUUUUCAAAACAAAUACAUCAUAACUGUAUAAGAGUGAAACGAAAUAAAAGUGAAUUGGUGUCACGUU